GCGAAAUCGCAUACUGACUUAUUCCUUGGAGGGGAAUCAUUUUUCUCAUUUAUUACCAGCACUGCUGGGUAGGCAGCAGCAACAAGUCCCCAAGGAUGCACAUAAGGAUGGUUCAGGAGUCUGUUGGUGGUAGGAGAAGUCUGCAUCAUAUGGUGCUGAUUGCUGUGCUCUUUGUUGUUUUUCAAGACCUGAGCAGCAGAGGAGGAGCACAAGCAUGGACCUACAACUACAGCGUCAGCACAAACCGCGGAUGGCUUCAGGCCCGUCAGUGGUGCCAGCAGCACUUCACAGACAUGGUGUCCAUCAGAAGCAAAGAGGAGAAUGACUACCUCAACAACAUGCUGCCAUUUCACUCAAAGUAUUAUUGGAUAGGUAUUCGCAAAGAGGGGGGAAAGUGGAUUUGGGCUCAAAGCAAUAAGACGAUACCCCAAGAAGCCCAGAAUUGGGCCCACAAUGAGCCAGAUAACACUUUGGCACAGGACUGUGUGGAAAUGUACAUAAAGAGGGUAGUGGACUCAGGCAAGUGGAAUAAUGAGAACUGCCGUAAGAAGAAGGGAACUGUCUGCUACACAGCCUCUUGCAAACACGAUUCCUGCAGUGAGCAUGCAGACUGUGUGGAGACUGUUGGGAACUUCACCUGCAAGUGCCAUCCUGGCUUCACAGGAUCAAGCUGUCAGGAAGACGUGGAUGAGUGUGAAGAAAUUGCAGACCCAUGUGGAAAACAUGCAGAGUGCUACAACACAGAAGGAAGCUUCUACUGUCAGUGCCAGCGGGGAUACAUGAACAUCAGAGGAAAUAUCAGCUUCACAGUGCUAAACGGACUGUGCCAAGAUAUCAACGAGUGCAACAAUCCUAAUGCAUGUGGUCCUGGUGCUUAUUGCAACAACACCAUUGGUGCAUACACAUGCAUCUGCCUUCCUGGGUACACCAACAGCUCUGGCAGAUGUGUGGACGUGGAUGAGUGUGAAGAAAUUGCAGACCCAUGUGGAAACCACGCAGAGUGCUACAACACAGCAGGAAGCUUCUACUGUCAGUGCCAGCGGGGAUACAUGAACAUCAGAGGAAAUAUCAACUUUACAGUGCUCAAUGGACUGUGCCAAGAUAUCAACGAGUGCAACAAUCCUAAUGCAUGUGGUCCUGGUGCUUAUUGCAACAACACCGUUGGGGCAUACACAUGCAUCUGCCUUCCUGGGUACACCAACAGCUCUGGCAGAUGUGUGGGUCUCAUGCUCAGGUUUAUCAUUGUGUCUGUGGGAUUAGCAGCACUCAUUCUAGCUGUUGUGACUGUGUGCAUAUGGACCAGAAUCAAAGGAAACAAAACCCAGAUUGAUCCUGAUACUGUACAGGACAAUGAAGAUUUUGGUUCAGUCAUCUUUGAGAACUCUGGAGGCCAUGAGGCUUCUGUCAGAAUCCAGAGAUCAAGAACUAAAUGAUCUGUAUGAACUUUACAACAUGUAACAUAGUUAUACAUAUGUUAUUAAUGAAGAUUUCAACAAUUUAAGAUUGUUUUUGUAAGCUUGAGAAAAGCUUCUAAUAUAUAGCUUUGCAGUUGUGUUCUUAACUCUUUAUGAAUGGUAGAAAAUGAAUGAAAAAAGAACUGUAUUAUUCAAAAACUAGUGUUUCUUUUCUGCUCUUGUAAUAUUUUCCGAUCAAAUUGUAAUCAAGAAUUUUUUCCUCAAUGUAAAAUGGCAAGAGUUUGAAUAUCCUACCAUAUAGAGAACAUAAUAUCAUCAACAGAUUCAGAGACAAGGCUUAAGGUCAAUACUGGAUGCUCUUUAUGUUCGGGCCCUCAGGGGCCACUGCAUUAAAAACAGACAUGAUUCUGUACUGGAAAUCACUGCACGGGCUCAGGAACACUUCCAGAAAUCACUGACUGUUAACACAGUUCACUGUGCCAUCCAGAAAUGCUGCCGUCUUCUCAGGGCCAAAGAUCAUUAACAAUAGACUGAGACAUGAUGGGAAAACUGUUCUGUGGUCAGAUGGAUCAAAAUUUGAAUUUCUGUUUUUUGUUUUUUGGGAAACCACAGAGUCCUGAAUCCUGUGGACUAAAGAGGAGAGGAGCAGUUUGUUAUCAGAGCUCAGUUCUAAAUCCUGCAUCUCUGAUGGUAUGGGGUUACAUUAGUGUAUAUGGCGUGGGCAGCUUACACAUCUGGAAAGAAACUAUCAAUGCUG